AUGCAUAGGACUACAUAUGAUAUGGAUCUACCUCCUACGCUUACUCGUCACCCUCAAAACCACGACAACGGUCCACUUUCCCCCUCUUUCGCAGAUUCCGGCAUAGAUAUGGAGCUCGAGACGGAGCUUCCCCAGACUCAAACGCACAUCCAGACCUCCGAAGCGUCAACAGAACCUGAUACAAACUUCGACGCUGGUGAAACAGAAACGGAGAGUCUCCACCUUGCCGCGCGACUAGCGAAACUUGCGAUGAAUGCGAGAAAGAGCGAUAACGGUAUCAAAUCGCGAUCGUUCUCAAAAACCGAUACGGCGAUUCUCCACCGCUGUUUGGAAACUAUCGAGAACACGCUAUCUCUACCCGACGACGACGACGACGAUGAUGAUCCCCGUCCAACUCUAACGCAAGAAAUCGCCAAGCAUCGACCCCAGAGCCUUAAUCUUACUCCGCAUUACCCAUCGCCUCCAUCGUCGACAGUAGCGGAACCAUCACCGCCCGCAGUGUCGCAUACUACUGAACCGAGAUCAGAGCCGCACCCGACCGAAUCGCAACUCACCGCUGUUCUGGAGGAAGUGACAGCGCUGGGUUCCGAAUUGGACAAGAGACGUCGUGAGACUUUUCAGAUCUAUGAGCUGUAUACUCAGAAAUGUCAAGGGUUGGAGCGGAGGAUUGCUGGGCUGGAGGGUGAGGUUUGCGAGUUACAAGCAGACAUCUUGGAAAACUCGAUAGAACGCGAAGGAUUCCGGGGAACGGUUUACGGUCUGCAAAACUGGGUAGUCGGAUGGCAGCGCGAUCACGAGUUGGCAAUAAUCCAAGCACGAGAAGCACGAAAGGGAUGGACGAAGCGCAAACCCGCCCGGAGAGAAGAUGACGCUGAUGCCUUGUUCGAUGGUAUAACCGCGUGGAUGCGUGGGUGGAAGGAUGUCGAGGAAGGCUUUCAAGCUCGGGAACGUGAGCGUGAACAGCGACGGGAUAAAAGACAGAAGCAGCAGUCAUUGGACACCAUUCGUGAUAACUGCCUUCCAUUGUCUAGUACAGGUGAGAACAGUUGA